UGAAAGGCUUCCCAGAUGAAUAACAAGGCUUUAUUGAGCAGAUACUACGUAUCGGGCAUUGUGAUGCUGCAGGACUGCCCCAAGGCCCGGCGCGAGGUGGAGCUGCACUGGCGGGCCUCCCAGUGCCCACACAUCGUGCGCAUCGUGGACGUCUAUGAGAACCUGUACGCGGGGAGGAAGUGCCUGCUCAUCGUCAUGGAGUGCUUGGAUGGUGGAGAACUCUUCAGCCGAAUCCAGGACCGAGGAGACCAGGCGUUCACAGAAAGAGAAGCUUCAGAAAUCAUGAAGAGCAUCGGUGAGGCCAUUCAGUAUUUGCACUCAAUCAACAUUGCUCAUCGGGAUGUCAAGCCCGAGAACCUCUUGUACACCUCCAAAAGGCCCAACGCCAUCCUGAAACUCACCGAUUUUGGCUUUGCCAAGGAGACCACCAGCCACAACUCGUUGACCACUCCUUGUUAUACGCCUUACUAUGUGGCUCCAGAAGUGCUGGGCCCAGAGAAGUACGACAAGUCCUGUGAUAUGUGGUCCUUGGGUGUCAUCAUGUACAUCCUGCUGUGUGGGUACCCACCCUUCUAUUCCAACCAUGGCCUUGCCAUCUCUCCGGGCAUGAAGACGCGCAUCCGAAUGGGCCAGUAUGAGUUUCCCAACCCAGAGUGGUCAGAAGUGUCAGAGGAAGUGAAGAUGCUCAUCCGGAACCUGCUGAAAACAGAGCCCACUCAGAGAAUGACCAUCACGGAGUUCAUGAACCACCCCUGGAUCAUGCAAUCAACAAAGGUCCCUCAAACCCCACUGCACACCAGCCGGGUCCUGAAGGAGGACAAGGAGCGGUGGGAGGAUGUCAAGGAGGAGAUGACCAGUGCCUUGGCCACAAUGCGUGUCGACUACGAGCAGAUCAAGAUAAAAAAGAUAGAAGAUGCCUCCAACCCUCUGCUUCUGAAGAGGCGGAAGAAGGCUCGGGCCCUGGAGGCGGCGGCCCUCGCUCACUGACCGCUCAGCCCGUCCUUCUCCGCUGGAGGACAAGCAAUAACUCUCGACCUGAAUCUGUUUUUUAAAUGAAGACACAGGCUGCCCACUGCCGCCUCCCUCCUCCUCGGCUUGCGGAGCAGGAACCUCGUGAGGGGCUGACUCCUGCCUUCGGCUCUGGCCGCCCGGAGGGAGGCCCGGGGUCUGGAGGGCGUGCAGAGGACGGAGCAGAUGCUCUUGAACCUGUGCUCAGUCUGCAGUUUUAUGAUUUGACUUAGGAUUUUUAUGAAACUUCUUUUAUUGUCCUUUCCUCAUCCCCCUCCCCCCAAACCCCUUCCUCUUGUUAAAGGGUAUUUGUGGAAACUGUUGUAGGGAGUGUCCCUGUGUCGUCCCAUCUGCCCCGUUUCCCCACUACAGCCUCAGCUCCCCGCUGGCCGAGGCGCCUGGCGCUCAAGGCCAUGGAGGUCUGGGGCCAGGAUGCCACCACCUCCUACUGGAUCCCUCGACAUCACCAGUGUGCCAGACAGAUAGGAGUGAGUGACUGUGUGUGUGUGUGUGUGUGUGUGUGUGUGUGUGUACACGCGCCCGUGCAUGUGUGCCUAGGACUGCGCAUUUGUGGGGCCAGGGGCAGGCCGGGCUGCAUAAGGACGGCCCUGCUGUGGUUCAGGAACCUUUUCCCUCCUUGGCCUGUCCCGCCCGCCUGUGGUGAGCCUGCCACGGUGCCUGGAAGCCCGUCCGGACUCGGAACCUGGCCUGCGUGCCUGUCUCUGUUAACUGGUCCAGGAGGUGGAGAGGAGUGACUUAGCACUGGCCCAAAUCAGGAAGACUGCCCCCCCCCCCCUUAGUGCUGGUCCUAGUCCUCUGAGGCGCUCAUCUACUGAGUAACCUCUGCUUCCCCUUCCUGCCUUUGUUCGCCCAUUGCUUAUUUUUCUUACAUUUUUAGCCAUUUCUCCGCAGGCCUCCUCUCAGCUCGCCGGGGUGAACAUGGGCACUUAUAUGGGACAUAGCUUCUGCGCUUUGCCCUGGGCCCUGGUGUUAGGCAAAGGCAGCACCACCCUGUGGCCUCCCACACAUUUCCAUUGUGUGGCCUAGUGGGUGGGGGGUCUUCACACCAAAGAUGCCCCGACUCUGCCCCGACCCAUUAGCCACUCCCCCCACCCCAAACAGCUUGGCUUCAUGUGUCCAGGCCAGUGAGGAGCGAGGAGCAGCGUGGGGAGAGGCCCUCGGUGCCAUGGUCCCGUGGGGUGGGGUGGGGUGGCAGUAAUACUUCAGUUUUCAUCUCCCUCAGGGCAGGGGGGACACUCAGGUCUUCUCUGCCCUGGGGAGGGCUCCAGUGCCUGCAGCGCCUCUGUGUCUGAUGGUGUGUCCAGCACUUAGAUUGUUGUAAAUUGUUGUUUUGUAUGAGCGAAACUGUCUUUACUAAACAGAUUUAAUAGUUGAAA